UGGUGGCAUUAUCAUUUUGUGCUGUCAUGUGAUUGUGAGGUCGUCUGGAUUUUUGCAGAUCUCUGUUUUGGUUAUACAAAAAUUUAGAUUAAAGGCCUCUAAUUUUUACAAUUGUAUAAUUUUCCAUUUCUAAGCUAUUAUGGAGCUUAAGCCGAAGCUUUCGUCUUUAUCUGAUGACAUAGAAAAGGAAGGUGUAUUAGAUGCCACUGGAGCUCUGCAACAGCGAGCUGCUGAAAUUCGAUCUCAGAUGGUUAAUUGGAUGUCAUACCUUCAGAGUAAUAUGAUUAAUCAGGAUGAUUAUAACUUUAUCAUUGCAUUUGAUAAAGCUAGAGACAAGAAAUCUCGGGAUGCUAUCUUAGAGACUCAAGGAAGCCAGUGUUCUAAAACAUUCUUGAGUAUGCUGGGACAUAUAUCCAAAGAUCAAACUUUGCAGUAUAUUCUUAUCAUGAUCGAUGAUAUGUUGCAGGAAGAUAAAUCAAGAGUAGAAUUGUUUAAGCCUAAACAUUCAAAGAAAAAAAGUGAUUCUACCUGGAGUCCAUUUUUGCAGUUAUUGAAUCGACCAGAUGGAUUUAUUAUGAACAUGACUAGUCGUAUUAUAGCUAAAUUGGCAUGCUGGAGUAAAGAGUUAAUGGAUGGCUCUGAUUUGAAUUACUAUCUAACAUGGUUAAAAGAUCAACUCAAACAGCCAAACAAUGAGUACAUCCAAUCUGUUGCUCGUUGCUUGCAAAUGAUGCUCAGAAUUGAUGAAUAUCGCCUUGCCUUUGUUGCUGUUGAUGGAAUAUCCAAGCUUGUCACAGUAUUAGCUGGAAAAGGAAACUAUCAAAUUCAAUAUCAGCUUAUAUUUUGUAUUUGGGUGAUGACUUUCAAUGUUACAUUAGCUGAAAAGAUGAACAAAUUCAAUGUAAUUCCAAUACUAUCAGACAUCUUAAGUGAAUGUCCCAAGGAAAAAGUUACAAGAAUAAUAUUGGCGACUUUGAGAAAUUUAAUUGAAAAACCUGAAGAGAGUAGCAUUAGCCGAGACCAUGCAAUUGCUAUGGUUCAAUGCAAAGUUUUAAAACAGCUUGAUAUACUACAAAGUAGAAGAUUUGAUGACCCAGAUGUAAAUGAAGAUCUCGAAUUCUUAAAUGAAAAGCUCCAGGCUAGUGUACAAGACCUUAGCUCUUUUGAUGAAUAUUCUACUGAAGUCAAAUCUGGUCGAUUAGAAUGGAGUCCAGUCCAUAAUUCUGAAAAGUUCUGGAGAGAAAAUACACCUCGAUUGAAUGAGAAGAAUUAUGAAUUACUGAAAAUUCUAAUCUACCUCCUUCAAUCAAGUAAGGAUCCUCUUGUGUUAAGCGUUGCAGCUCAUGAUAUUGGGGAAUAUGUGAGACACUAUCCACGAGGAAAACACAUUAUUGAAGGUCUUGGUGGUAAACAGGAAGUAAUGCACCUUUUAUCACACGAUGACCCGAAUGUCCGAUAUCAAGCACUUUUAUGUGUUCAAAAACUUAUGGUUCACAAUUGGAAUAGUUUAUGCUUAAAGUGUAGUGGCGUUAACAUAAAAUCAUCAAACAGCGCUUCAAAAUUCACUCUAGGGAAACAAUGUAUGUGUAAAUCAGAUUUUAGCAGUAGCUAGUACACUAUUAGAAUAUGUGGAUCUAAAUGCUUAAGGGAGUACUUAGGCCGACAACUGGAGAAACCUGAGAGUCAGUCUAUACCUGCAAAGGGAUAAAGUUUAAAGUUUAACGGAAACACUUAAGCUUUCAUAUGGUGACUUUCCUCAUAUAAAAGAAACAACUAUGUCAUAUGUAGUCAAGAUUCAGAAAGUGAUUGUUUUAUGGACUUUAAAUGUUUAUUCUCUGUGAAGGUGGUGAGUAAUUGGCUGUAAGUUACAUUCCAAAGCUAAUUAGUAUGAUUGUAAGGCUGUUGCUAACUUUUUGGUGUGAAAAUAUUUAUUUAUCAUUUUGUUCCUAUUGUUAAUAAAUGUAUUAUUUAUAAGGAAAAUUAAUUAUUGAUGUUCAGAAAUUUGUUAUGUGUGUUUCAUCUGUUGUAAUUAUGUUUGAAUCUUUUAAGUCUAAUGUAUUAUCUUUUAAAAUCAUCAAUAUCUGUUUAUUUUUUCAGUAUAAUUUUUUUUUUAAAUUGUGAAAAAAUAGAGUCCAAUAUUUUAUUAAUUAAAUGUUUACAUUUCAACAAAAAUCUAUUUAUAAAUUUUCCCCAUAUUGCACAAAUGUUUAAUAAAAUGUUUUAAUGAAAUUAUAAUAAUUUAAAUCUAGUAAUUUUGAAUUUGGAUAAUUUAUAAUGUCUUAUGAACAACAAUUUGUUAACUGAAUUGUUAUUGGUAGGCUUCUUCUAUUAAUAGUGUACAAUUUGUAAAAAAAGAAAUGAUCUUUUAUUUUUGGCUGUUGUAGACAUCUUUAUUCAAGAUAAUAAAAAUAAAUUGGAAAAUGUU